GUUUUCGUUCACUGUAUACGGAUAGGGGUGGGUUUUUUUCUUCCAGAAGACGCUCCCGAGGCAGUGUGUGAUAUCUCCUUUAUUAUUAGAGUGUGUGUUUGAUUUCUACAGGAUAAAGUCAGGUUACUCGGAGAGACAGGAUUGAGAUGUUACGGUUCAGGCGCGCUCCUCUGCUGCUGAAGGAGUUCUUUCACUUGAGCCUGAAGCGUCCGUUAGUUCAACUCGCGAGACGUCAUCACGCGAACGCGCCGGGCGCUGAUGGCCGGCUCGGACCGAACCAAGUGAGACGCGUGUUGGGCUCGGGAUGCUUCUCACACCCUCCGGCGUGGCGCAGGACGCUGUGCACGAAGACGGAAGGAGUUUUAGAGCCCGGCGAGCAGCUGAAAAGUGGGGCGCUCCAAGAAGCCGCGACGGACAAGAAGGCAGGAAUUAUGCCGAGUCUGGAAGAUCUUCUCUUCUACACCAUUGCAGAGGGACAGGAGAGGAUUCCAGCCCAUAAGUUUAUAACGGCACUGAAGGCCACAGGUUUGAGGACAGGAGAUCCCCGUCUGAAGGAGUGCAUGGAGAUGCUGAAGGUGACCCUGAAAUCCACAUCAGAUGGAGUGAUGCUGGACCGACACAACUUUAAGAAGUGUGUUCAGAGUAACAUUGUGCUCCUGACCCAGGCUUUCCGGAAGAAGUUUGUAAUCCCUGAUUUCAUGGCUUUCACCACAAACAUAGACGAGCUUUAUGAGACGGGCAGAAAGUUGUCUGGAGGUCAGGUGGCGGACUACAUUCCUCAGCUGGCCAAGUUCAGCCCUGACCUGUGGGGUGUGGCUCUGUGCACGGUGGACGGACAGAGACACACUGUGGGCGACACCAAGGUGCCGUUCUGUCUGCAGUCGUGCGUGAAGCCUCUGAAGUACGCCAUCGCGGUGCACGACCACGGCACCGAGUACGUGCACCAGUUCAUCGGCAAAGAGCCAAGCGGCUUACGCUUCAACAAACUCUUUCUGAACGAUGACGAUAAACCUCAUAACCCCAUGGUGAACGCCGGAGCCAUCGUGUGUACCUCUAUGAUAAAGCAAAGGGCAGGCAACGCAGAGAAGUUUGACUAUAUAAUGAACUUCCUGAAAAAGAUGUCGGGCAACGAGUAUGUGGGUUUCAGCAAUGCCACAUUCCAGUCUGAGCGUGAAUCAGGCGAUCGGAAUUUCGCCAUCGGCUACUACCUGAAGGAGAAGAAGUGUUUUCCUGAAGGCACGGAUAUGACCUCCAUCCUGGACCUUUACUUCCAGCUGUGCUCCAUCGAGGUGACGUGUGAGAGCGCCAGCGUCAUGGCUGCUACCCUGGCCAACGGCGGCUUCUGUCCAAUCACGGGCGAGCGCGUUCUGAGUCCCGAGGCCGUGAGGAACACGCUGAGCCUCAUGCACUCCUGCGGCAUGUACGACUUCUCCGGGCAGUUCGCCUUCCACGUGGGUUUGCCAGCUAAGUCAGGCGUGGCAGGUGGUAUCCUCCUGGUGGUGCCCAACGUGAUGGGGGUCAUGUGCUGGUCCCCUCCACUGGACAAACUGGGAAACAGUGUUCGGGGCAUUCAGUUCUGCACGGAUCUGGUGUCCUUGUUUAACUUCCACAACUACGACAACCUGCGGCACUUCGCGAAGAAGCUGGACCCCCGGCGCGAGGGCGGUGAGCAGCGGGUGAAGUCUGUCAUUAACCUCCUCUUUGCUGCCUACACCGGAGACGUUUCUGCACUCAGGAGGUUUGCCUUAUCAUCUGUGGACAUGGAGCAGAGAGACUACGACUCCAGGACGGCUCUACAUGUGGCAGCUGCUGAAGGGCAUGUGGAUGUGGUGCGUUUUCUUCUGGAGGCUUGUAAGGUGAACCCGGUUCCCAAGGACAGGUGGGGAAAGACACCACUGGAUGAAGCCACACAUUUUGGCCAUCAUGAAGUGGUGACUCUCCUGCAGGAGUUGAGCAGUAAAUACCCUCCUGUGAAGAAGAUCAGCGCGGACGAGCAGAAUGCCACCAAGAACCUGGACGGCAUGCUGGAGACUUAAGAGGCGUGAGGUGCACACCAGCAGAGGGCGCUCUCUUUCUCUCUCCACAAAACAUACACACACACACACACACACACACACACACACACACACACACACACACACACACACACACACACUGCUGCCCAUAGACUGCUUCCUGUGAUUCCUGCUCAAUGCCUCACGUAUCUACAGUAUUAUCAGCAUUAUUGUAUUCUAUCUACAGCACUCACAUCUCCAUCUCUUUGUCUGUAGAUGAAACCUUGUGCGCUCAAUAAUCCACAAUCUGCUCUCGUAUAACGAGUGUAAAUGAUGACCGUGAUGUGCUGUGUGGUGAAACAGCGAUCACACAUCACUGUUCGAAUGUGUGAACAGCUAAAUGUGCAAUAAUACAGAGUGUUUGAAGAAAAUCUGUGUAUGAAUUCAUAACCUGUAUAAAGACAAAACGAGUGAUAAUGUGGUUUCAUCUCUACACUGCCUCACUCCUGAAUGUAAAAAUGCAGGACAGUCUCUCUAUAAUAUCACAGUAAUGCAUGGUUUCUCUGUAAUUUAUAUCACAGUAAUAUAUAGUCUCUCUGUAAUUUAUAUCAUAUAACAGUCUCUCUGUAAUUUAUAUCACAGUAAUAUAUGGUCUCUCUGUAAUUUAUAUCAUAUAACAGUCUCUCUGUAAUUUAUAUCACAGUAAUAUAUGGUCUCUCUGUAAUUUAUAUCAUAUAACAGUCUCUCUGUAAUUUACAUCACAGUGAUGUAUGGUCUCUGUAAUUUAUAUCACAGUAAAAUAUGGUCUCUAAUUUAUAUCAUAA